AUGGCCGGAACAGAGCAUGUUAUAUCUGUGGAGGAGUUGCUUUCGAGGAAGGUUAAUGUUGUUAGAACAGAAGCUGGUCAAACAAGCAGAUCAGGCAAUGACGGGUCGAGAAUUGAAGUCCAAGUGAUAGAGAAAGACAGUCCCAGGCAGCAGUGGUUGGAUGAAUUAGAGAAGGCAGGAGAUGAAGCUGCUGAUCAAAAAACUGGACCAAAGAUACAAAAGGUUCCGUUCUUGCUUCGAGAUCACAAAGAUGCGGCCAAGUAUUUUGAGCCAAGGGUGGUGUCGCUGGGUCCUAUCCAUCACGGUAAGCCAAAGUACCGGAAAGCAGAGAAGUACAAGCUUGUAUUGGCAAACAAGUUCGUCAAGGAGAGUGGCAAGGAUAAGAAAGCUGAAAGUUUGUACGCCGAAAUUGAGAAGAAAAUCAAGAAACUGAGGGAGUACUUCGAUGAUGACGAGGAGGUGAUGAAGAACUAUGACGACGAGUACCUCGCCAGGAUGCUGUUCGUGGACGGGUGUGCGGUAUUACAAUUUAUGUACUAUGCAGUUGAAGACAAAUUCAAAGAUGUGAAAAUUAAAGACGAUCAAGCGGCGUUUGGGCAAGAAGAUUUGUUCUUGUUGGAGAAUCAACUUCCUUAUCAACUCCUCGAGGAUCUGAUGGAGUUGAGCGAGAAGAAAGAGAUUUUGAAGAAGUCGAUCGAGCGUUUCAUUGGAAGGCAUGCUACGUUUGAUAAAAAAAACGAUAUGCCUGCUACCAAGGGAGAUAAGCCGGCCCCCCAUCUUCUCGAUCGUCUGCGAACAAGACUCCUCAUUGGUGGCAAAAGUGAUAGUAGUGGAGGCCAGAAAUGGCAGGCAGGUUGGAACUCUUAUCGCAACGUGCAGGAACUUAGAGAAGUAGGAAUCAAAUUGAAGCCUAGUAAAACUAGUUCCUUGACAGACGUAUCUUUUGAUAAACGAUACCCUGGACACCUAUAUCUUCCUCAAAUAACACCGGCCCUGGAUGACUCAACGGGGCCAAAUUUCUUGAACUUGGUAGCCUAUGAGAUGUGUCCAGAUUUCGAGAAUGACUUCGGCGUCACCUCUUACAUAUGCUUCCUUGAUUCGCUCAUUGAUCAUCCUGAGGACGUGAAGGAGCUGAGGAAAGAGCUCAUACUCCACAACCUCCUUGGUAGCGACAAAGAAGUGGCAAAACUCUUCAAUGACAUAGCCACUGACUUGGCGCCUAACCCCAACGCAUAUGCCGAUGUCAAAAAGCAGAUUCAGGAUUGCUACGACAACAAGUGGAAGACCUGGAUAGCUCAGGGCAUUCACGAUCAUUUCAGCAGCCCCUGGACAGGCGUGGGUUUCGCGGCUGCAUUCGUAGCACUUUUUCUUACUGCCGCCCAGACUUGGUUCACAGUCUUCUCUAGCCCUGGUCCCUGCGAUAACUUUUGCCAGCAUCAUCGAGGGUAACACGAAUUUCAUAUGAGAUCACAAUGCCUGUUAGCUUUUAUCUUCCACGAUAUAUAUGCACCUCCGAUCCUCUCAUUGAUUCCAUUUAAUUUACGUCCUCUCAAGUACAUCCAGCUCCAUGUGGUUCCAAUUUAUUUCCUUCUGCAUUUGUGUUUGCUUGUAAAAUAAGUCGGAGUGAAGAGUGA